AUGGCCACCACCAUUACCAACAAGAAAGAGAUAGAUGAUGAUCAUCAUCAUCAAGAACAAAAACUGAAGCAUCUUGGGUUUGUGAGAAUUGCUGCUAUUCAUGCUUUUGUUUGCAUGUCGAGUCUUUAUGAUUAUGCAAAACAGAAUUCGGGAUCUUUGAGACCUGCUGUUGGAACCGUUGAAGGUACUGUUACUACAGUUCUCGGUCCUGUUUAUCACAAAUUCAAGCCUCUUCCUCAAGAUCUCCUCCUUUUUCUCGACAAUAAGGUGGAUGAAGCAACCAACAAAUUCGAUGAGUGUGCUCCGCCUUUUGCGAAGCAAGUAGUGAACCAAGCGAAGGGUUUGAUUCAAGAAGUAACACACAAAGCUGAUAAAGUAGUGAAUGAGGCACAAUCUGGUCUCAACCAUUAUGCACUAUUUCAUGCAGUAGCAGAGUUGGCAAUUCCAACAGCUGCACGUUGGUCAGAAAAGUACAACCAUGUUGUUAAGAACAUUAGUGGAAAGGGCUAUGCUGUGUCUGGAUAUUUACCUUUGAUUCCUGUUGAUCUGUUGAUGAAAUAG